CUCACUCCUAUCACGCAAAUGGCCUCCCUCGCUCUCGCUGGGCCUCCCAGGCCCCUCCGGACCCUGAACGCUGGGAUGCACGGCACUGGCAGCGGCACUCGCAAAACGCGCAGGAUGUCCGUGGUCCGGCAGCCGCGCAGUCACACCCGGCGGGAACUCUGUGACCGUCUUCCAGCUACACGUUUCCGGCGUGCCUACGUCAGUGCUCCUGUCCACCGGGCUUCUCAGCAUUCGCGGCAUCGACAGGCACUUCUGCCUCCGACCGUGCACCGCUCUACUACCCCGAGGUUAUCUUAUGGGGCCAGCUCUUCAGCAGGCCCUCCCGCUCGCGCUGCCGUUGUCAGCGCCCCACCCUCCCUGGCUAUGUCCGCCACUGUUACCGCCAUGGCGUACACCCCCUCGCCGCAGGCGAGUACCCCCACCGCGAGUACAUCGCCACUCGUGAUUCGCCGAGGCCGCAGCGCGACCCCGCUCUUUCUGCAUCGCACGCCGACCUACCACCCGCAUCCACGGAGCAGCGCUUCGAUGUCGCAGCUGGCACAAUCGCGGCCGCCCAACGCGUCCAUGUCGCAACUCGCACCAAACAGGGUUCCCCCAUCGACGUUCAACAGGGCGUCCGCGCCUCCAACAAGCUCGCGCGGCGCGAGCGAGUCAAUGAGGAUCCGAAUGGCCGAGCGAUCAUCAUCAUCAACAGAAGUUAAACACAUUCCGAAGCUGCGCGCCGCGAUGGAUCACUCUGCGCCACCUUCCGCGUUAUCAAGAGCGUCCACGGGUCACUGUAUCCGGCCACCUCCCACGGACGACUGCGUCCAACCAUCGCGCGCCUCUCCAACCCCAUCUACAUCCGUGUCUGCGUCGCCGUCGCCGUCGCCACUGCCCUCAUUGCUCUCCUCGCCAGCGCUGGUUGACAAAGACCUUCCUCCCGUGCCCUCUCCCACAGAGCCUCCCACUCCCUCCGAAGAAGCCCUGGAUCCUGUGUUCCGUUUCCCGCCGCUUCCACGCCCGUCGCGCAUACCGAGCCUGCGUCCCCUCUCCUUCGACGCGGAGGCUACGAUCCGCGAGCUUGAGGAGCUGGCCGCUUCUAUCAUGUCCCAGGAUACAACGCGAGAGGCCGAGACGCUGGCCGCCUCGUUCAAGGCCUACGGCCUUCCCACCAUCGAGAUCAACCUAUGGCGUGAUAACGAGAUGCCGGCGGCUAUUCCGGAGGAGAGCAGCCCUAUUACGCCCCGCCCAAUCAUGUUUACUCGGAAGGAUGUGCCGUUCGCUGCGAGUCCCGGAGACUCCUUCCAGUCGAACGCGAGCCUCUCUGUGCCGCAUAUCGUGGUGACGGACCCAUCCACCGAGGAUCUCCCAGAGCAACUGCACCGCAGCCUCCCUGCACUGGUCAGCCCUGGAGGAAAGACAGAAGCAGGACAGGGAGACGAUGAGGAAGAGUUGCAAUGGGUUUGCGACUACGGCGCGUGGGGCAUGUCCGAUAAGGGGAAAUGGAGGGCCUCCGUCGGAGAAGAGGAAAGCAGCGACCACGAUUUGUCGCCGAAGUCGAAGAACACGCCCCUCCCUCGUGCGAGCAUAGAUAAUACGUACAUCUACGAGCCCAUGGGCGCUCCCGAGUUUCUCGUCGGUUCUUCUACAUCCCCUGUGGUCCGCGCCAUGACUGGCUACCGCAGUCACAUACGUCCUUCGAAACGCGCCGCAACUGAAGCCUUUCGUGCUCGACGCCGUAGAGCCGCUCCGCUCGCUCUCGCAAACCCCGCGCAGGCAGAGUGGGAGCUAGAGACGACGCUCGCGAACGCUCUCUUCCUAGGCACUUCGAAGCCUCCCCGCCGGCCCCAGACCGCCCCCAACACCGCCCGGCCUCGCCAGCCGACGCCACCCUCGACAUGGCUCCAUCUGAAGCGAAGUAUGCCUUCGACCGCUGGCGCAGAUGGGCCUCCGCCUGGUCGCGCCGAGGAUCCUGGUGUGGUUCUGCACACGAGCACAGGCGAGGGCGAAAGCAACAGGCGCUCAGAUCCCAUCCCUGUCAUUCCACACACUCUCUUCCCAUCGGCCAUGUUCUCAACGCACGAUCUACACCCGCUUAGGUUCCAAGAAGGAGACCGGACGUCGCAAGGCGUUCCAUGGCCUUCGAUCCCCGCGGGCAGCGGCGGAAGCGGGACCGGCUCGGAGCCGAGCACCCCACGACCCAGUGGGCGUCCGCGGCUCAAGUCUCUGAAGGGUCUGUUCAAGCAUUGGUCAAAGUAAAGCAUCUCCGCUCGUUGUUUUUGUCCUUCGUCGUACGUUCACUCGUUCCCGACUCUUCGAUCCUCCGAUCCGGUGCUUAGAGGUACGUCGGACUUUCGUAUGCGUCACUCUGGCAGGUCCGGACGUAGGGCGCAUCGCGGUCAAGGCAGUAUCUCUCCGACUCUCUUAUCUUUAUUCGUCUUCCCUUCUCUAAAUUACACCAGUAUAUUUGUGGAGUAUCACCUGUAUCACUAUCUAUACUUUUUAUACUGUC